AUCUCCGGCGACAAAAUGCCCGACGAGCCAGGGUUCGUCGUUUCGAAUCCCGCCUGAAAACCUCUCCAAAACCCUUGCCAUCGAAGCUGCGGAAGCAAGCUCGGUAGAUUUUCAGAGAUGGGAAAAGUCAAGAUCGAAGAAGAUUUGGAAGGAGACCACGUAGACUCGACCGACUACUACUUUGAGAGGAUAGGCGAACCUAUCCCUAUCAAGCAGGACGAGGGCCAAUUUGAUCUCGAGAACCCGCCGUCGCAGCCUCUCGCUGUCUCCGAGCGCCGAGGCGUCGUUUUUGUUGCCCAUACAUCUGGGUUUUUUGUUGCGAGGACAAAGGAUGCCAUUUGUGCUGCCAAGGAGAUUACGGGGAAGAGUAGUAAGUCUUCAAUCCAGGAUUUGAGCCUUGUGGAUGUUCCUCUUGGGAACGUUCGUAUUCUGGCGCUCUCAGCUGACGACUCGAUUCUCGCCGUCUCUGUCGGCGCUGAAGUUCAUUUCUUUUCGGUGGAUUCGCUUCUUGAGAAGGAUGAGAAACCAUCUUUUUCACAUUCGCUGGAGGAGUCAGGCUUCAUAAAGGAUUUUCGGUGGACAAAGAAAGAGAAACAUACUUAUGUUGUUCUUUUUAACCAAGGGAAGCUUUAUCAUGGAGUUGAUAAUAAACCCCCUAGACAUGUUAUGGAUGGUGUUGAUGCCGUCGAAUGGAGUUCGAAAGGAAGUUUUAUUGCCGUGGCCAAAGAUAACAACCUUCAGAUUUUUUCAUCAAAGUUUAACGAGAAGCUUUGUAUAUCUCUGUCAUUUGAUACCUGGGUCAGUGAUUCUGGUUCAAACUGUGCCGUAAAAGUCGAUUCUAUCAUGUGGGUACGACGCGAUUGUAUCAUUCUCGGGUGCUUGCAGUUGAUUGAUGGUAGGGAAGAAAAUUACCUUGUUCAAGUCAUCAGAAAUCCAGAUGGAAAGAUUACUGAUAGUUCAUCCAACCCGGUUGCUUUGUCCUUCAAUGAUUUGUUUCCCUGUCUGAUGGAUGAUGUGGUUCCUGUUGGCAUUGGACCUCAUUUGUUCUUCAGCUACGUAGAACAAGGCAAAUUUGCAGUUACAGCAAACAGAAAGAAUACAGAUGAGCAUAUAAAGUUGCUUAUCUGGUCACCUGGAGAUGAUUUAAGCGCAGUUGCUGUUGUAGAUAUUGAACGAGACACUUUUUUGCCAAGGAUUGGGCUCCAAGAAAACGGAGACGAUAAUAUGAUAAUGGGACUAUGUAUCGAUAAAGUUUCCAUUGAGGGGACUGUUAAAGUGCACCUUGGAGUUGAUGAGCAGAAAGAACUCGCCCCUUAUUGCAUUCUUAUGUGCCUUACUUUGGAGGGAAAACUGGUCAUGUUCAAUGUUGCUAGUACUGCAGGAGCUUCAGCUUCAUCAGAUGUUGAUCUGGCCUCUUCUUCUGACAGUGAAGAUGCUUGCGCGCUUCCAAUUGAAGUUGGUCAAAUGAAACAAUCUUCUAAAUCAGAAGUACAAACAGGAGAACUAAAAGUUCUUGCACUUAAGGAAGAUAGACAUCUCGAUUCCGAGAAUUCAGUCUCAAUUUUCUUAACCGAACAAAGUUUCCAGAACAAAUUUUCAAGAAAGCCGGAAAUUGAACCUGUGAGAAGUACAGUGCCUUCCGAAACAAGUGAGCAACAAAAAGUUCAUGCUGGAAAGCCAUUACUAGUAUCAGAAGGUCAAAAAAUAGUGUUUUCUAGGGAGUUGGGAGCAGGUUUUGGGAAAACACCGUCGAACCUAGGAGAUGGUGCCCAAAAAUUUCCAGGGUUUGGAUCUGUGGCUCCUUUUCCAGACAUGCUUCAGAAGGAUAUUUCUGACCAGAAUAAGUUUAGGGAUUUGCAGGCGAAUUUUAAGCCACCAAAAAGUAGUACAACUCUUUUUAGUUCUACUAGUCUGCAGAAUGCUACAUUUUCACCACCACAAAGUGCUCCAGCUCAACCGUGGUCGACUGGGAAUGGCUUCUCACUUCAGGGUUUUGGUUCUAAAUCUCCUUUUUCAUUUGCUAAUGAUACUCCGCAGAAACAUCCUGAGAAAGCUGGAUCUGUUUAUGUAAAUCCUCCUGGGAGCAUCAGUGACAAAGCUGUUCAAAGAAAAGAGAUUGCUACUGUGUCUGCUUUCGUCAAUGUUUCUCUUCUACCAGCUCAGAAUCAGGAUUCUGUGGAAGGGGCAGAAAAAAUCGAGCCAUUACCUUCGAUCCACACCUCUCAGCUAUCAUCACAAGUCAACUCUUCCUUCGAGAAGUCCUCUACUCAUCAGCUGCACAGAAAUUUGCCCCAGGCAGGGGCAUCCAAAUCUGAACCAAAUUUAUCAAAGCAAUUCAGUAAUAUUAAUGAAAUGGCCAGAGAAUUAGAUAUGCUUUUACAGUGUAUAGAAGGACCAGGUGGUUUCAAGGAUUCUUGCACUAUUUUGCCGAAAGAUUCGGUUGAAAAACUGGAGCAGGGACUUGAAAACCUAGCUGAAGAGUGCCAGACAUGGAAGAACGUAACUGAUAAGCAGCUGGCCGAGAUCCAACAUCUCCUUGACAGAACUGUUCAAGUUUUGGCAAGGAAGACAUACAUGGAAGGUAUCGUUAAGCAAACUUCUGAUAAACAAUACUGGGAACUCUGGAACCGCCAGAAGUUGAAUCCUGAACUUGAGGCUAAGCGACAAUAUAUAAUGACACUAAAUAAGGAUUUGACUCAUCAGCUGAUUGAACUAGAGAGACAUUUUAAUCGGCUUGAACUUGAUAGCUACCAUGAGGACAGUGGACUUCACAUGGCUAAAAGAGCAACAUCCAAUAAGUUUGGCCCUUCCAGGCGCAUGCAGUCCCUGCUCAGUCUUCGUAAUACGAUGAGUUCCCAGUUGGCAGCAGCCGAGCAACUCUCCGAGUGUCUUUCUAAACAAAUGUCAUUUCUGAGAAUAGAUUCACCUGUAAAAAAGAAUGUUAAGCAGGAGUUGUUUGAGACAAUUGGUAUCCCUUAUGAUGCCUCUUUCAGUUCACCCGAUGCUGCAAAAGCUAAAGAUGCAUCUUCAGUAAAGAAUCUAUUGCUUUCUUCUGGUUCUGCAAGUGUUAAAGUACAGUCAAGUAGGCGUCAAUCAUCUGCUAUGAAAAGUUCCAUCUCAGAAACGGCUAGGAGGAGAGACUCAUUAGACAGGAGUUGGGCGUCAUUUGAGCCUACAAAAACAACUGUGAAAAGGAUGCUUUUGGCGAAACAACAGAAGACAUCCUUAAACGAACAGACUUUUGAGAGACAAGGGCAAUCACUGCUUCGCCUGAAAGAUCAUGCAUCACCUUUAUUCCCCUUGAACAAAGGUAUUCAGGAAUCAUUGCCACAUGAGAUUUCUGAAACUCAAUCAAUCCGAUUCAGAUGGGCCAAUGGCCCCUCCGAACAGUCAAGCCCCUUGGUCUCGAGACCACCUUUGCCACAAGCUGGCAGUCCAUUCCCGCCAUCUUCUACCUCUGGGUUGAAGCCAGGUCUCAAUUUUUCUGAUGCCAAGUCAAGUAGUAUGCCUUCUCAUGCCGAGAAAGCUGCCCCCCAGCUCAUCAAGGAUAGUAAGGCAAUUUCACAGUCAGGAUCAGACAUGAUGCUCAAACCAUUUACUUCCCCGGUUGUUUCUGCACGGAUGGCAAAGAAAACUGAUGAACUUAAAUUUUCUGAAGGGAAACCUAAUGCAUUUGCAGGUGCAGCUACCGGAAGAAUUCAGCCGCUUAUGGGAACCUCAACGAGCCCUGCUACGGAUCCUAGCAAAGGUUUUGGUUCUCAAGUGUCUCCCAUGUCAACUGGAGCUACUUUUCCUGGAAAAUCUCCAUUAGGAUUUCCUACUAGUAGCGGUAUUUUUGGUGAUAUAUUGAAAAUUCCUGCGACAACUGUAUCCGUUUCAGCUCCACCAGCAUCUAGCUUGGCAGUAGCUUCCAUGGCAACCAUUUCCAGUCCAUCAUCAACUCUAGUGAGGGUAUCUCCAAUUUCAUCUUCUACACAAGUUUCAGCUCCAGCAUCUACUACCCCCGUCAGCUCAGCUUUGGCUCCCCAAACUUCGUCUUCUGCAUCUGUGUCUACAUCUACAGCACCAGCCACAGUGUUCAAUGUGCCAUUUGGUAAAUCUUCAUCUACCUCAACAGCUGGAUUCGCUUUGAAGUUAUCAGCUUCAUCUCCAUUGACCUCGCCUGUUAGUUCAUCAUCAACUGUCCAACCUUCAGUAUUUACGCCAUCCUCUACUGCACCCACGGUUUCAGCUGGACCAGUACUUGCGAAGUCUGAAACCAGUUCAUCAGCUCCUUCAUCAUCAUCAACCUCAAUAUCUGGAUUCACUUUCAAGUUAUCAGCUUCAUCAUCCUCAGCAAGUAGCUCAUCAUUUACAGCUCAAUCAUCGUUAUUUACGCCAUCCUCGGCUGCCCCGGCAGUGUCAUCUGGUCUUGUCUCGGUGAAGUCUGAAGCUAGCUCUCCGUCUGAGGCUGAUCAUUUAGUUUUGCCAACCACCUCCUCUUCUACCGCACUUGGUGUCUCUGCCACUUCUGCUUCUCCUCAGGCUUCCCAAAUUUCAGCUCCAUCUUUUGCUGUUUCCUCUAUAAAGCCCGUCUCGGAGUCUCCUGUGACAGAGAAACAAACUUCAACUGGUCUAAAACAGGGAACUUCUGUAGACUCUGCAGCAAAAGAGACAACUGUGAAGCCUGAGAUGUCAGUGAAUAAGGAUAGUUCAGAGCCUGAAAUUGCAGUAUCCACUAUAAGUUCUUCUGGGUUCUUACCCGGACUUUCAUCUGGAACCCUGUCUAGCCUUGUCAGCAUGGCACCACCUUCAUUUGGCUUCUCAACGAGUUCUCAACAGCAGCGACUGUCGUCUACCCCUGUUGCUUUCUCUGCGCCCUUACCAACUUCCGCGAGUCUCUUUGGUGAAAAGAGAGAUGCUUCAGUUGCUGGAGAUAAUCAGGAAGAUGAAAUGGAGGAAGAAGCUCCAGAGGCUAGCCAGUCAACUGACUUUACCCUGGGAGGUCUUAAAGGUUUUGGGCUCGGAUCAACUCCAAACGCUGCUGCUCCCAAAGCAAACCCAUUUGGUGGUCCCUUUGGUAAUUCCACAACAACACCGGGGAGCAGUCCGUUCAAUAUGACGGUUCCCAGUGGAGAGCUGUUCCGCCCGGCAUCAUUUAAUUUUCAACCGCCUCAACCGUCUCAACCAGCAGCAGGUUUUGGCGCGUUUUCUGCAGCACCUUCUCAAAGUCCUCCCACUCAAAGCGGGUUUGGGCAACCGUCACAGAUUGGGGCGGGACAGCAAGCGUUAGGGUCAGUUCUUGGGUCAUUUGGGCAGUCAAGGCAGCUUGGUCCUGGUCUUCCAGGAUCUGGGUUUGGCUCUCCUCCUAGUGGGUUUGGAGCCGCUAGUCCAGCGGGUGGUAUCUCAAGUGCACCAACAGGCGGGGGGUUUGCAACUGCUGCUUCUAAUCCAGCCGGCGGAUUCGCUUCCUUGGCCACAGCUGGUAAGGGGGGAUUUGCUGGUCUUGGUUCAGGCAGUGGAGGAUUCGGUGGCUUUGCUGCUGCCUCCACAGGCAGUGGAGGAGGUUUUUCAGGAGCAGGUGGAGGGUUCGGAGGCUUUGCUGCUGCUUCUGGUGGUGGAGGUUUUGCAGGAGCUGCCGGAGGAGGUGGUGGGUUCGGGGCUUUCGGGGGUCAAGGUGGCGGUGGUUUCUCGGCCUUUGGUAGUGGCAACGCAGCAGGAAAGCCUCAGGAACUCUUCACUCAGAUUAGAAAAUAGACAUCCUAUGACUUAUGUUGCAAGUCAGAUGCUGCCUCAGUUAGAAUCACACUGUAGUCAGUGUAGAGUGUCUGCUUCACUCCUUUAUUGUAUUAGCCACUUGAGUUGUCAUAGUUUUAAGAAAGAGAAAGCAGUAGUUCCUUUAUUGUAUUCAGCCUUGCAAGUUUCACUAAAACCACCUGUAUGUGUCUUUUGAAAGAUCUUGUGGAAAAGAUUUCCAAAGAGUAACUUAGAUAAAUAAAAAAUGGUUUAAAUUUUA